CGCAACUGGACCACAGAGCUGAGGUCGGCCCUCGGUUUUGGCUCUGAUCUAUCGUUCCGCGGCGUUUGAUUUUGGGGGAAAAAUGGAUUUGGAUGCGCGGUAGUGUUGGGAAGAGAGGAGGGGACAUGGGCGGGGCGGAGGCGCCUCUCGUCUCCCCUCCACGCGCAGCGGGGCAGCAGGGCUGGAAAGACCUCCGGGGAGAACAGUCGCCAGUCCAGCACGGAGACCUGCCUGGACCAAAACACGCGCCUCGCACUCACCAGGAUUGCCAAAUAUUCCUGAAAAAUAUAUCUGCUAUUUAUGGCAUGUGGCUUGUAACUUUACUCCUGCUGUACUCUCUCCAAGAAGUACACAGUGAGGAUGUGGUCUCUACCAGGCUUUACUUUGUGAAUGCCUCGCUGCAGAAGAUAACCUACUCCAGCUCAGUGGGGGUGUCCCUGCCCUGCCCCGCAGGCGGCACCCCCAGUGCCAUACUGCGCUGGUACCUGGCCACCGGCGACGACAUUUACGACGUGCCCCACAUCCGCCACGUGCAGGCCAAUGGCACCCUCCAACUGUACCCCUUCUCGCCCUCCGCCUACAACAGCUACAUCCACGACAACGACUACUUCUGCACUGCCGAAAACCAGGCCGGCAAGAUCCGCAGCCCCAACAUCCGCAUCAAAGCCGUUUUCAGGGAGCCCUACACCGUGCGGGUGGCGGACCAGCGCUCGAUGCGGGGCAACGUAGCCGUGUUCAAGUGCCUCAUCCCCGCCGCCGUGCAGGAGUACGUCAGCGUCGUGUCCUGGGAACGAGACACCGUCUCCAUCGUUCCAGGUAACAGGUUCUCGCUGACAUCCUUCGGGGCUCUUUACAUCUCUGACGUUCAGAAGGAGGAUGCCCUCUCCACAUAUCGGUGCAUCACCAAGCAUAAGUACAGCGGCGAGACACGGCAAAGCAACGGAGCCAGGCUGUCUGUAAUGGAUCCCAACGAGUCCUCGCCCACCAUCCUGGACAGUUUCCAAGCCGGGGAAGUGCAGGCAGGUCAGAGCGUGGAGCUCCCCUGCAUAGCGGGUGGUUAUCCCAGUCCCACUGUGCGCUGGCUGAAAGACGGCCGCCCGCUGCCCUCAGACGCCCGCUGGACACGGCGCUUGACGGGCCUGACCAUCAGUGACUUGAGGCAAGAGGACAGUGGAAGCUAUGCCUGCGAGGUCACCAACAGCUUUGGCUCCAAGGAGGUGUCCGGGCAGCUUCAUGUCAUAGAUCCUCUGCGAGUGACCUUGUCUCCGAAGAACCUGAAGACGGGCAUCAGCAGCACCUUGUUCUUCACCUGCACCGUGGAAGGCUCUCCAGAAUACACCAUCACCUGGUUCAGGAACACCGAGUCCAUCGUCCCCGACCAGCACAUCUCCAUCCAGGGGCAGCACAACGACACCCUGCAGAUCACCGCGGCGCAAAAGUUCCACUCCGGGGCCUACCAGUGCUUCGCCUCCCGAAAGGGCCACACCGCUCAGGACUUUUCCAUUAUUCUCCUUGAGGACGGUACGCCUCGUAUUGUGUCUUCCUUCAGCGAGCGGGUGGUGAACCCCGGCGAGCCGUUCUCCCUCAUGUGCGCUGCCAAAGGGGCCCCGCCCCCGUCCAUCACCUGGACGCUGGACGACGAGCCGGUGGUGCGAGACUCCACCUACAAGACCAGCCAGUACACGCUGUCGGACGGCCUCACCGUGUCCCACGUCAACGUCAGCAGCCCGCUCAUCCGGGAUGGAGGGGUGUAUCGUUGCGUCGCACGCAACUCGGCCGGCAGCGCCGAGUACCAAGCGCGCAUAAACGUAAGAGGUCCACCUCGAAUAAGACCCAUGCGAGACAUCACCGCAGUGGCAGGCAGGAACACCUACAUCACGUGCCGUGUCAUCGGCUACCCGUACUACUCCAUCAAGUGGCUGAAGGACGGCAUGCAGCUGCCCGAUAAUCACCGUCAGGUGGUGUUCGAGAACGGCACGCUGAGGCUGACGGACGUGCAGAAGGGCGCCGACGAGGGGACGUACUUGUGCAGCGUUUUGAUCCAGCCCCAGGUCUCCAUCAACCAGACUGUCCACGUCACCGUCAAAGUGCCGCCGCUCAUCCAGCCCUUCGAUAUCCCCUCUACCUCGGUGGGGAAGCUCAUGUACAUCGCCUGCGUGGUGUCGUCCGGGGACAUGCCCAUACGCAUCACCUGGCACAAAGACGGCCAGCUCAUCGUGCCAGGAUCCGCCUCUGGCGUUGCAAUAGAGACCAAAGAGUUCAUGAGCUCCCUGCAAAUCUCCAAGGUGACACUGAAGCACAAUGGGAACUACACGUGCAUCGCCAGCAAUGCUGCUGCCACCGUCAGCUGGGAGAGACAGCUGAUCGUCACUGUGCCCCCUCGGUUUGUGGUGCAGCCCAACAACCAGGACUGCAUAUAUGGUAAAGCGGGAGUCCUGAACUGCUCUGUGGAGGGUUACCCGCCUCCAAAAGUCAUGUGGAAACAUGCCAAAGGUGUCGGAAACCCACAGCAGUACCAUCCUGUCCCACUUACUGGCCGCAUCCAGAUCAUGUCGAACGGCUCUCUGCUCAUCCGACACGUUCUGGAGGAUGACAGAGGGUACUACCUCUGUCAGGCCUCCAACGGCGUGGGCUCAGACAUCAGUAAAAGCAUGAUCCUCACCGUCAAGAUUCCCGCCAUGAUCACCAGCCACCCCAACACCACCAUGGCGAGGAAGGGCCAAACCAAGGAGCUGAACUGCACGGCGCGGGGCGAGCAGCCCAUCAUCAUCCGCUGGGAGCGAGGAGACACGGUCAUUGAUGCAGAGAGGAACCCCCGCUACUCCAUCACCAUCAACAAGAAGGGGGAUGAAGUCAUCUCCACCCUAAAGCUGAAUCCGGCUGAGCGAGGAGAUUCUGUCUUCUUUUCCUGCCAUGCCAUCAACUCCUACGGAGAGGGUCGAGGGCUCAUCCAGCUCACAGUGCAAGAGCCGCCAGAUCCCCCUGAGCUGGAAGUGAGGGAGGUGAAAGACAGGAGCAUGAACCUGCGCUGGAUCCAAAGGUUUGAUGGCAACAGCAUCAUCACCAGCUACGACAUUGAGUACAAGAACAAGUCAGAUUCGUGGGAUCACAUGUACACAACCAGGAACAUCUCCCCCACAAACAAUCAGGCCAACAUCGUGGAGCUGCACCCGGCCUGCGUGUACAGCAUCCGCAUGUACUCGUACAACAAGAUCGGCCGCAGCCUGCCCAGCAAAGAGCUCACCAUCAGUACCGAGGAAGCACCACCCGACGGCCCGCCGAUGGACGUCGUCCUCCAGCCGAUGACGUCACAGAGCAUACGAGUUACAUGGAGGGCCCCGAAGAAAGAGCUCCAGAACGGGGUGAUCCGCGGCUACCAGAUCGGCUACAGGGAGAACGGCCCCGGCAGCAACGGCCAGUACAGCAUCGUGGAGAUGAAAGCCACCGGCGACAGCGAGGUCUACACUUUGGACAACCUGAAGAAGUUUGCUCAGUACGGAGUCGUGGUCCAAGCCUUUAACCGAGCCGGGACCGGCCCGUCCAGCACGGAGAUCAACGCCACCACGCUGGAAGAUGUGCCCAGCGAGCCCCCGCAGAACGUGAGGGCGAUCUCAGUGACGUCGGACGAGGCCGUCAUCACGUGGGCGGAGCCUCCACGGCUGACGCUGCACGGCGUGCUGAAAGGCUACCGGGUCGUGUUCUGGUCCCUCUUCCCAGACGGAGAGUGGGGAGAAAUGCAGAAUAUCACCACCACCCGUGAGCAGGUGGAGCUGCGGGGGCUGGAGAAGUUCACCAAUUACAGCGUCCAGGUUCUGGCUUACACUCAAGCCGGGGACGGCGUCCGCAGCAACGUCCUGUACAUCCAGACCCGGGAAGACCUUCCGGGUCCUCCGGCGGGCAUCAAGGCCGUCCCCUCGUCUCCCAGCAGCGUGGUCGUGUCCUGGCUGCCGCCGCUCAAACCCAACGGCGUCAUCCGCAAGUACACCAUCUACUGCUCCAGCCCGGGAUCCGGACAGCCGGCGCCCAGCGAGUACGAGGCCAACCCGGGGAUGCUCUCCUACCGUAUCACGCAUCUCACCCGCGGUAAACAAUACCACAUCUGGGCUGCUGCUGUGACGACCGCUGGCCGAGGCAACAUCAGCGCAAAGGUCACAGUGGAACCUGCUGGGAAAGUCCCAGCUAAGAUCCUGUCCUUCGGGGGCACGGUGACCACACCCUGGAUGAAGGAGGUGCGUCUGCCCUGCAGUUCAGUCGGAGAACCGGCCCCCACCAUCAAAUGGACCAAAGACAGCGAGGACUCUGCCAUGCCCGUGACAGCAGACAGUCAGCGGCUGAUUUUAUCCAACGGCACGCUGGUGCUGCGCUCGGUCAAAGCGGAGGAUUCUGGGUACUACACCUGUACGGCUACGAACACGCUUGGCUUCGACACCAUCAUAGUGAACCUCGUGGUGCAAGUUCCUCCUGACCAGCCUCGUUUGACCGUCUCCACCACCUCCACCUCUUCUAUCACCCUGGCCUGGAUCCCUGGAGACAACGGAGGAAGCUCCAUCAGAGGAUUUGUGCUGCAGUAUUCAGUGGACAACACCGAGGAGUGGAGGGAUGUGUUCAUCAGCUCCAGCGAGCGCUCCUUCAGGCUGGACAAUCUCCGGUGCGGAACGUGGUACAAGGUCAAGCUGGCCGCCAAGAACAGCGUGGGUUCUGGGCGGAUCAGCGAGAUCAUCGAGGCCAAGACGCAUGGCAGAGAGCCGGUGUUCAACAAGGACCAGCCGCUGCUCACCCACAUCAACUCCACCCACGCGGGGCUCAACCUGCAGGGCUGGACCAGCGGCGGCUGCCCCAUCACCGACCUCAUGCUGGACUUCAGGCCCAAGGGCACGUGGGCCUGGCAGAGCCUCAAGGCCAACUCCACCAACCAGCUCUUCCUCAGCGAGCUGCGCGAGGCCACGUGGUACGAGCUCAAAAUGAAGGCCUGCAACAGCGCCGGCUGCGGCAACCAGAGUUCCCAGUUUGCAACCACAGACUACGACGGCAGUACGAUCCCUCCAAUCAAAUCUGCCCGCGGAGAGGGGGAUGACGUGAAGAAGCUGUUCUCCAUCGGCUCGCCUGUCAUCCUGGUCACCCUGGGUGUCGCCCUGCUCUUUAUUAUCCGCAAGAAGCGCAAGGAGAAGAGGCUUAAGCGGCUCAGAGAUGCUAAGAGCCUGGCGGAGAUGCUUAUCAGCAAGAACAAUCGCAGCAUAGACACACCGGUGAAGGGCCCUCCUCAAGGACCAAGGCUGCACAUUGACAUCCCACGCGUCCAGCUGCUUAUUGAGGACAAAGAAGGCAUCAAACAGAUAGGAGAGGACAAGGCCGCCGUCCCAGUGACGGACACGGAGUUCAGCCAGUCGGUGAAUCCCCAGAACUUCUGCACAGGCGUGUCGCUGCAUCACCAGGCUCUCAUCCAGAACUCAGGACCUCUGAUCGACAUGUCGGACAUCCGUCCCGGCACCAACCCCGUCUCAAAGUCGGCCCACAGCUCCAGAAACAGAUACUCCAGCCAGUGGACGCUGAGCCGGCCGAGUCAGAGCCAGUCCACGGCCUCGGCGCGAACUCUGACCUCUGACUGGCGGACGAUGGGCUCUCAUGGCAUCACGGCCACAGAGAGCGACAGCUACAGCGCCAGCCUGUCCCAGGACACAGAUAAGGGUCGGAACAGCAUGGUGUCGACCGAGAGUGCCUCUUCCACCUACGAGGAGCUGGCUCGCGCCUACGAGCACGCCAAGCUGGAGGAGCACCUGCAGCACGCCAAGUUCACCAUCACAGAAUGCUUCAUCUCCGACAGCUCGUCCGACCAGAUGACCACCGGUACCAACGACCCGGCAGACAGCAUGACCUCCCUGAGCACGCCGUCUGAACCGGGCAUCUGCCGCUUCACCGCCUCCCCACCCAAACCGCAGGACUACGACCGCGGCAAAAAUGUGGCUGUGCCCAUUCCCCACCGCGCCAACAAAAGUGAAUUCUGCAACCUUCCCCUCUACAUGAAGACAGACCCGUUCUUCCGCAAGCAGGGGGAGCUGCACGACCCGUGCCCAGCCGUGCCGCCGCGGGAAGCCUCGAUCCGCAGCCUGACGCAGCGGGCGUACCACACCCAGGGCCGUCACAAGACUCUGGACCCCUGCAAGCAGCAGGCCCUGACGCUGGGCCACUCUGGGCUGAGCAGUCUGGGCGCGAGCUCGGGCACCGCCACCCUGCCCCAGAGGACUCUCACCAUGCCCAGCUCCAACGCCGCCGCCACGGCCUCCACCUCCAGCACGGGCAGCAACCCCGCCAGCAGUAACAAAGUGGGGGGCUCCAGAGACUCGCUGCUCGAGAGCAGCUCCUCUGCGCUGGGGCGGCUACAGAAACAGAGCGUAGGGGCCUACUCCAAGUCGUACACACUGGUGUAGUCCAGACUCACUGCUGCCCCACCCCUUGAGCCAGGCCUGCACCAAUCAGGGCCAGAAUGGGGGUCUUUCUUUAAACUAAACUAAUGAACUGCCCAGUUUCCUGUCUAAUUUUCCCUGGGAAAGCCCCCCCCCUCCCCCCUCUAUCAAAGACCUACUAACUCCAACUAACUAACAGUUCCAGCCGGCUGGUGCUCAGCUCCUCUCAGUUACUGCAGGUGACCCGCAGAAAGACACAGGAAGUCAUUUCUGUGGCCAUGUGCAAAAAAAAAAAAAAAAAUACAGACUACAACUGAGGACCUAAAAGCUCUGUGUUCAUGUCGACGAAGACGACGGUGGCCAGCGUGAAGCUGCAUGGCCGCCCCGCCCCUCAUGAACGCACACACAUACUGUCCUCCAUGGUUUAUUAUUGUUAGUUUGCAAGACUUCUAGUUAAGUUAUCUAUUCUUACUGUAUCUCUCAACUUCUUUGUGUAUUUUAAAAAGUCCCAAAAUUGUUAUUGGCAAGAUUCUCAUUUAAUGGUGAAAUAGUAACGAUUAAGGUUCCCUUCCCGCGAUCAAUAAACCAUCAACGACACCAGUCUUCUCCACCACAUCCCUGCGCAGCUGAACAGUAUCUUAACUCUUCAAAUCACAUCACUGCAACCCCACUGAACAUUAAAAAAUAGAGAAUGUUUGGUACUAUAAAGAAUUUACGUAUAUAUUUCUAUGUAGGUAUAUUAUUGACAUUUAAGGGAAAUUAUGACAAAUAUGAUAUGGUGAUAGUAUAUACAGCAAUUACUGUUAAAGUCAAAUUUUAAGGAACAAGACAAUCGCUCAAUCAAUAAAGUAAAAGAAUAAGAAAGAGAAAUGUGAAACGUUCUGCAGAAGUGAAAUGUUUAGUGUAUAUAUGUGGGAUAUCGUGCGUGUUGCUGUAGGUGAGCCAGCUAGAGGAGGAGUUGAGAAGGGGCAGCACAAACGCCGUCUAGCGCCGUUGCCGUCGUGUGUGUUUGAUGGAAACAAUCUGAAAGUCUGUGAUGUUUAAGUCUGCUGAUGAGGAUGUGGGCUCUAAGGUUUCCUGUAGCUCGCCGUGAGCCCGGGUGAUUGGUAAAAAUACAUAUUCAGAAGCCAAAUCAGCGUGUCAGAGGAUCCCCGAAUCAUGACGCCCGGCUGAAGGAACGACCGGCCGUGAUGAUGAGUGAGGUUCAAUUAUUUAACGUUGAGAGAUGUUCUAUGUCAGGGAGUUCAGUUUGCAAAUUACACGAUGUUCACUGAAUGGAUAUCUUUGUUGUUGUCCUGUAUGAAGUACUGUAAAUGUCCCGCUCUCGUUAUCUCAUCGGCCCUUUCGCGCUCUUGUACAUUGACACGAGAACCUAUUGGAAUGCCCUUUGCACGCAUUCCCACAAUAGUGUUUGGUGGUUUAUAUUUUGUUUACCCAUUUGCUCUGUUUGCUUGUCCAUUUGUUUGUUUGGGGCGGGGAAUCUGUUCAUCUCGGGAUUUUUGAUUUCUUCCAUUCACUUUGAUUUGUUUGGGGUUUCGUCACAUUUUUGUUUUCAGGGCUCAAACAGUACAAAGCUAUGCGGCCUGUGUCGUGAACUAGCUCGGCCAAGUGAAAUCAGGGACUCGUAGCUCUUUUGGUCACUCAAACUACUAUUACUAUUGGAUCGUGUACAUACGGGACUGGAGUCUGUCCGUUAACCAGAAUCAUGUGGACUCCGGUCAUUCCCCCCCGUUCAGAUAAAUUGAAGUUAAAGUUCACCACCCUAACCAUGAUAGAUCCAUCACCUGUACCUUUGUCAGUGUUGUUUAUAGAUUAAGUCUUGUACAUAAAACACAGUUUUGUAUGAAGAGCUAUUUUCGUCAGAGUAAAUCAGGGGACACAUCAGGGUUGAACCCCCCAGGUUCAAAUUAGAGACGAAAUCAAGAUAUUUCACUUCUAAAAUGGGCAAAAACGUUUUUCUUUCCCCACAUGUUUUUUGAUACUAAUUUGUUGAAUUUUUAUUCUUUUUUUAAAAAGUAUUUUGAUGUCGUCAUUUGUCCUAAUUACUUUUUUUAUUCUCAUUAUUUUGUAUUUUGUUCAUCCUCAGAAAAAGUCAUUGCAUGCCUGCUAAAAGGGAAACAUUGAUGGAAAAUAUGUAUGAAAAUCAAAAUCUUUAAAAGAAAAAAAAAAUGUUGAGGGUAUCCCAAACAUUUGUUUGAGUUGCUUGUUACAGCAAUUGCUUGUGUUCAAAGGUACAUUUUCUAUGAAAAGGAAGCAAAAACUAAAAAGAUCAUUCUAACACCUUGUGCAAUA